CCGCGCGCGCCGCGCGAUCGCGCUCGAGUUCGGACUCGCGCGGUCGAUUUCAUCCAUCGGACGCGCUCGCUCGCGCGUCUCCCGUCGCUCGACGCGCGGCGCUCGCGCGUCGGCACCGCGCACCAGUCGCCGGGGGAACUUUCGAAAGCGUCGACAGCUGACGGCUAUUUCGCCACGCACGCGCGCGCUCGACGUCAUGGGCGAGAAUCUCUCGCCCGAAACCGUCAAUAGCAUCAUGCGUCAACUGAAAGAUUUGAUGCAGAGCCCCGCGGAGGGGAUCAGGGUGCGAGUGAACGAGGAGAACGUGACGGAUGUCUUCGCCGAGCUCGACGGUCCCGCGGACACGCCGUUCGAAGGCGGGACGUUUAAGAUGAAGCUCGCGCUGCCGGCGGAUUACCCGAACAAUCCGCCGAAGGGAUUCUUUACGACAAAAAUAUUUCAUCCGAAUAUUCGUCAGCCGAGCGGGGAGAUUUGUGUGAACACGCUCAAGCGUGACUGGCAACCGACGCACGGACUGCGGCACAUAUUGAUGGUGAUUCGAUGCUUGCUCAUAGAACCGUUUCCGGAGAGCGCUCUGAACGAAGAGGCUGGAAAGCUUUUACUCGAGGAUUACGAAGAGUAUUUUAGGCGCGCGAAGAUGUACACCAAUAUUCACGCCAAACCCGAAACGGGCAAGGCGGAGGACGCGGCGAGCGCGUCGGCGGCGAGCGGCGGGGAGAAGAAGUUGGACAAAAAGAAGGACAAGAAGAAGAGCUUGCGCCGUCUUUAG